AUGCGCACAGCUAUUCUCCAGCUGCAGCAAGAGCAGCAGCAGCAGCAGCAGCAGCAGCAGCAAGAGCAGCAGCAGCAAGAGCAGCAGCAAGUGUAUGAUGAGGAGUUGCAUGCACGCUUGUGGGGCCGCUGGGAUGACCCCCCCCUCACUGACGAAGAGAUAUAUGAAAUCCUAGGAGUGGACCUGCAGCAGCAGCAGCAGCAGCAGCAGCAGCAGAAGCAGCAGCAAGACGCUGCUGAGGGGCAGCCUUCGGCGUCUGCUGCAACGAAGCAGUCUGGCAGCAAAAGCAGCAGCAGCAGCAGCAGCAGCAGCAAGAGUGCCGCGAAGAAGACAACAGCAGGGAAUCGAUCCGCUGCUGCUGCUGCUGCUGCUGCUUCUGCUGCUGAGGCCCCACCUAUGGAUUUAGAGGCGAUGGAGCUGCCUGAGCCUGAAGACUAUGCAGCAGCAGCAGCAGCAGCAGCAGCAACAGAAGAAAAAGCUAAGAAAGCUGUGAAUGUUGGGGGUGCUGCGAGGGCUGUGGCUGAGUCGGCUGUGCUGCUGCUGCAGCAGCUAAAAGGAGAAUAUCUGUAUGUCUUUGUGCAUGCAUCUGCUGCAGCAGAAGAUAGAGUAAGCGAGGCAGUCGGUGUUGUGCUGCAGCAUGCUGCUGCUGCUGCUGCUGCUAACAAAGAAAGAGCAGCAGCAGCAGCAGCAGACAACACACGGAGAAAGCCAGGAGAUAAAUAUAUUCUGCUGCCUGUAGAUGACGCCCCCCCAGCUGAGUAUUUACCUCUCAUCACCCGCACAGCUGCUGCUGCUGCUGCUGCUGCAUCGAAGGGGAGAGACAGCGCGGAGGCGAAGGCAGCAGCAGCAGCAGCAGCUGCUGCUGCUGCUGCAGCAGAAGCAGCAGCAGAAGCAGCACUAGGAAAGCCGCGCGGGGCCCCACCACCGCUGCUGCGUGCUGCUGCUCUCACCCCCGACCGCCUCAUUCCCUCUCCUAGUGUUUCUCUGCUAGCUGAGCUGCCAACGAGAAAGCAGCUCACACAGCAGCUAGCUGAGAAAGCUCUGUCGCCGUCGGUGCAGCUUCUCUCCGCGCUGCAGCGGAGCGGCGGGGCGCUGAGCCUGACCCUCCGGGCUACGCAGCAGCAGCUGCUGGCUCUGUUAGAGCAUGGCCGCAACAAGGCGGAGCAGCAGCAGCAGCAGCACCUCGUGCUGCACCAGCACCAGCAGCAGCAGCAGCAGCAGGAAGGCCCGACCGACAGCGCACAGAAACCAAAAGAAUCUAACUAA